AUGCUUCCCUCUUCCAAAUCCUCAUUAAAAGUUAAAGCUGUUGGUAUGCAUGGAAAUCAUCCCAAGAGUCCUACUAAUACUACUGCUGCUAUUUUUGAUUUCAGGAUUGUUUCUUUCAACCAAUUUGCUUGGGCCUUCCUCAUCGUACUCUUCCAUAUUGGAUUCAUCGUCCUAGUCUUGACUACUACCGCCUCUCGUGCUCCCACUCUUUUGACAACGGCAGCCCAAUUGUACUCAGCCACCCAUCCCCAAGUGCAGCAGCAGCAGCAGCAUGAAGUACCAGGGAAGCAGGUUAUUCAACAGCUGCAUGCUCCUCCUUCUGUUCAUCAUCCGGAUGAUGUUGUUGACCAUGUACAAUGUAGAUACGGAAAGGUUUACGUAUACGACGACCUUCCUCCAAUUUUCAACAAGAAACUGUUGGAGGGUUGCCGUAUAGACCACCGAGAACCCCAAUGCGUGGCGCUGUCCAACAGUGGGUUUGGGGCAGAAGCCGCGGCCGACCUCGCCAGAAUUGUCCCGCCGGAGCUUAGUCGAGCUUGGUACUGGACCCACAUGUUCGCGGGUGAUGUUAUUUUUCACAACCGGAUUCUAAACUACAAGUGCAGAACCAUGGAGCCGAAAUCUGCUGCAGCUUUCUACGUGCCGUUUUAUGCUGGACUAGCGGCGUCCAACAUUUUAUUCAGUGGCUACACUGCCAAAGAGCGAGAUGCACCCUUCUACACUUUCCUCGAGUGGAUCAAGGACCAAUAUUACUGGAAGAGAUCCAACGGUUCGGAUCAUUUCCUUGCCCUGAGUCGAACUUCGUGGGACUUUAAACGGGCGCGUGAUGAUGAACCCUGGGGAACAAGCUUCCUUCUCAUGCCCUUGAUGAGAAAAAUGUUCAGCUUAACACUGGAAAGAAGCCGGCAGGAUCCAACGGAAGUUAGCGUACCCUAUCCUACCGGAUUUCAUCCCAACACCUUCUGGGAAAUUGAGCAAUGGCAGGAAUUUGUGCGAAGUAGAAAGAGGUCGAGUCUCUUCACGUUUGUCGGGGGAAAGCGUGGAUUUACAAAGAACGACUUCAGGGCUUUGUUGAUGGAUCACUGUAACAACGAGAGUGAUUCUUGCAAAGCUGUGGACUGUGCCAGGACAGCUUGCUUGGAUGGCUCUACUAUGGUUCUUGAAGCAUUCCUGGACUCAGACUUCUGUUUGCAGCCCAGGGGUGACUCGCUUACGAGAAGGUCCAUUUUUGAUUGUAUGUUGGCGGGUUCGAUACCGGUUUUUUUCUGGAAAGAAACUGUUGUUGGUCAGUACGAGUUGUUCAUGUCUGGUGAAUUGGAGUCUUUCUCGGUUUUUAUACACCGGAAUAAAGUAAGGAAUGGGACUUCGAUAAGGAAAAUAUUGGAGGGAUACAGUGGAGAAGAUAUCAAGAGGAUGAGGGAAAAGGUAAUUGACAUGAUUCCAAGGAUUUCGUAUGGUUUUCCUGGCGGAGAACUUGGCAAUCACAGAGAUGCCUUCGAUGCAGCUGUGGAGGAAGUGCUAAGAAGAAUAGUUUCAAACUAG